GACGCCCCCCUGACCCUGAAAGGCUGAGCGAUGGACAAUGGAUGGAUGAUGGAAAGUUACUGUCCAGUAGGUGGCAGUAAUAAGCGUUUCAGUUGGUCUACUAUCCACCAUAAAAAUGCCAGAAGAAGUAGUAGCAGUAGAAGAAGAAGAAGAAGAAGAAGAAAGCCAGAUGAUGCGAUCGAUCUGUCAGCGCUAAGUGAUGCUGUUUGCAGCAUUUACUCAGAAGAGAUGAGCUGCCAUGUCCUGGAUGAGGAGCAGUUCUGUCUGUGCUGUCAGCUGUUCCUCCAGCGCUCGAAUCAGCUGGAGGAUGGCUGGAGGUGGGAAGCAGUUCAGGGCUUAAAGGAGGGCUACCUCAGGAAGACUGCACUCAGGUCAGUUCCCACUGACUGGGGUCCACUUCACAAACAGGAGGGGGUUGGUUUACACUCAGAGCCAGAGACCCCCUGGGAUUCAACAGGACAUGAAAAGGAAAAUCUGGACCUGGUGGCUUCCACUGGCCCUGACAUCCCCCGAGUUGACAUGGAUGAGGAAGAUGAUGGUAGCUACACAGAGACGAACAGCAGCAGCCUGGUGCUUCAGUACGAAUAUCACAUCCUGUACUCAUGCAGCUACGGUGCUCCUGUGCUCUAUUUUAGAGCAUUCACUUUGGAGGGAAGGAGCCUGACAUUAGAGGAGAUGUGGAGCACCAUCCACCCAAACUUCAGGCUUCACCUUCAGAACUGCCCUCUGAAUGCAAUAACUCAGCAGGAGCAUCCCUUGCUGGGCCAGCCGUUCUUUUUUCUUCACCCUUGUAGAACACAGGAGUUCAUGGGGCCUGUGCUGCAGGCUGCAAGGAAUCAAAACAGGCCAGUGAACUAUGUGCUGACCUGGCUCAGCGUAGUGGGGCCUGUGGUGGGUCUGGAUGUUUCUCUGAAGUACUCUACAGAUCUCCAUUCUACCGAUUCACUCAACAGCCCAAAACCUGACAGAACCUGAAUCUGCAGCUGCUACGCUUCAAACACACCCUGGAGAUGUUUGGGACAGUUUGUGUUAUUCCAGAGGCCCAUGUUUUAUAUUGGAAUCUAAAAUUAACUUUCUCCUGGUUUUGUUUUUCCAUGUAAAUAAAAAAAGCAACACAUGAUCUAAAAAAAAUUCUAAAUAGACGGUAACAUCUUUCAGUCUGGAAGGUGAUACUAAACCAUUUCUAAAACUUUGGGAUGCCAGUAAACCAUAGUGACUGGAAUGAGUUGGACUGAUUUGAAUUGAAUCGGAAUCGGUGUGAAAUUUAUAUUUUUGGAAAUGAUGGAACAAAAGGGCAGGUGUUAGAGCCAUUUAAUGUGUUUAAUUUAACUUUAGUAUUUAUUGCUCUUUUACAAACACACACACACACACACUAGCCACUCAACACACACUUAAACACUCGCAUACAUUUAUGAAACCCCAAAAAGCAGGACAUGCCAAACGGUAUUUUACCUCACUCAAAGCUUUGGAGCUUAUUACAGUGCCAGAUGAAGGCGGAGAUUCUGUCCACUCAUCUGGUCUGGAUUCAGCCAACAGUGGAGAUAAAGUUGAUUUUAUUGAAGGGAUAGAUCCUUGACAUGUUUUUAUAUGUUUAUGAAAUAAUACGUGUUUCUGACUUAGAGAAAACUAAGGAAAAUGUACAACUGAAAGAAUUUCAGUUACCUGCUGGGGCCUGUUGGUCCUAGCAGGUAAGCAUGGUGACUUCAUGGCUAGUGGCCAAUGGUUCACUGGAAUGUUCUGAGCUGGCUGUGGUUUGCGGAGACUAAGCUGAGUGCUGGUGAGGAUCUCUGGGGGGUGGUCAAUCAAGUGGGAUUUAAAGGGAGCUAAACUGACAUACAAGGGUUAUCAUUAAACUGAUAGCGUCCACCUGAAUGAACCUGUAUCCGUUCAGGUGGACGUUCAUGUCUUGGUAGGUCUGUAGUUGUGCCACAAUGUUUCCAUGUUCAAAUGAUAGAUUGAACAGAGCUCUGUGAGAUGUCUUACAGUUGGAGAUAAUGUUUUCAAACCUUGCCUGCUUUUAACUUCUCCGGAAUUUUUUCCUGACCUGUCUGUUGUGUUCCUUGGUCUCCAUAAUGCUGGUUGAGCUCUGUUGUCUAACAAACCUCUGAGGCCAGAAACAGAACAGGUGCAGUUAUACUGAGAUGAAGUUGCACACAGCUAGACUAAUAAAGGUUGCGCUGGAUUUCCUUUAGAGGGGGGCGGAACUCACUUUCAAGAUUUCUAUUUCUGAAAACAAUUGUACUGCAUUGUACUAUGUAUCAUUUUCUUUUCACUUCACAAUAAUGUGGCACAUUAUAUUUCAAAUAAAAUACUUACUUAAUACGUUCA